GGUCUGUCAAACAUUUAUUUUAGAAGUAAACAAUAAUAUUUAUUAAAAAUCAAGAAUUAGAAUCCUUUCUACUCCAGUCAAGUACUCAUGACCAAUAUGGGCAAUACCAGUGAUGAUAUGGGUUUCCAAAAGGUCAGAAUAUGAAACGACGUGAUAAAUAACUCUGGGAUCAUGCAAGGAUCCACAAAGAUACCUAUAACUGACCUCAAUGCCUAUAUAACUUGCAAAAUAUGUGAUGGUUACUUUGUUGAUGCUUGUACAAUCAUUGAAUGUUUGCACACAUUUUGCCGCAGCUGUAUUAUUAAGUAUUUACAAAAGAACAAAUACUGUCCAGUUUGCGAUGUACAAGUACACAAAUCAAAGCCAUUACUCAACAUCAGACCUGACAAAACUAUCCAGGACAUUGUCUACAAACUUGUUCCAAGAUUAUUUCAAAAUGAAAUGCAAAGGAGGAGGGACUUCUAUGACAGUCACCCGGAAGCAAAGCCUUCAAGUUUGGAGCAAUGUGGAGAAGCAUCUUACCAGCAUUUGUUAACUCCAGAAGAAACUAUCUGCCUUACCCUCAGUUACCAUGGAGCUGACAACAACCCUAGAUAUCUGCGUUGCCCAGCUGCUGUUACGAUGGGCCACCUAAAGAAACUAAUCAGGGCGAAAUAUGAUCUUUCAGAAAACCACAGAAUCGAUAUACUUUACAAUCAAGAUUGCCUUAGCUCUUCCCUAACUUUAAUGGAUGUAGCAUAUAUUUAUUUAUGGAAAAGGAAAGGACCAAUAGAACUCACAUACAGAAUAUACGAAAACACGUCUAAAAAAUUAAAAUUGGACGUCCAAGAACAUCAAGAGCAACAAGAAACAAAUCUAGCCAACAAUAACAACAAUAACAUCAGUAAUAACAACAAUUGGAAGGAGGUACAGUUGAGGAUAAGCGAGAAUGGCGAGAUGUCGAUAACAGGCAUUCAGGACGCAGCUCUAAGUCCCAGCCUGUUGGAAAUUGUAAAUACAGAACCAAAGUACAAAAGUGAUGCGUCAGUGAUUGAGUCAAAACCAGUUGGCAAUCAAGUGCCAUGCAAGAAGGAACUUCCCGGAUUGAAGUUUAUAGGAAAAGUAAAUACAACAUGUACAAACAUUAUAAAUAGUACAACAGGAGCACUUCCCAUAGACAAUCUCACCAAUAUUUACACCGCAGACAGCAUACCGACUUACUUGAAUCCGAUAAUAAGUACUGCUGUAAAUUCCAUAACUUUACCAUCGUUGAAUGAACACAGCAUAGUAUCCCUCCCAUCUCCUUCCAGCAAUUGCGCUACUUUAUCUUCUGGAGGUACUACAAUGGUAUUUAGUACCAUCAACUCUACUAAAUGCAGCACCAAAACUGAAGACAGUUUGUUGAAAGUGGCUAAACCUGAUAUCGUUGAGACAAAUGCAGAAAAAAUUAAUACAGAAGUAGAGAAGUCACUAAAAAGGAAGAUAGAAUUAAAUGUUGAAGUAGAACCUCCUUCAAAACAGUCUAAACCUAUCAUUUUGAAUCAUAAUAUGGGUUUGAUGAACUUAUCCAACAAUCAUCCCUUAAAGAAACAUUCUAAACUAAAUAGAAACGGUGAACAUGUACGAGAUCUUCCCAAAACUACCGAAUUUGAAUCUAAAACUGUAAAUUCAACUUUGCUCACGACUACAGGGUACAACACAUCAGAGAUUCCAGCUAAAAAAGAACCAGAAGUGCUCAAGAGCAGCAUUGUCAAUAGGAGUAGUCCAAGACCCGGAACUCCCACAACAACCAAACCACUUGCCAUGAGAGCUAAGACGUUAAUUAGCGAAUCUGGUGUCAAACCUCCCUGUUACCAACCUAGGAGUGCCUAUGGACCUUUGUUUAAUGUACCCAGGCCCGUAAAUACUGCAGUCACAACUUCGACUACUUCAAACAUCUCCACUAAAAGCGAUACUCAAACUUUACAGUCAGGUGCGACAAAAAUUCCUUCACAAAAGCCUGAUAAAUCAAAUCCCACUCCUCCACCGGAACCAUCACAAUCCAGUAUUAAUCACAAAAUUCCAAAUAUAACUUCUCCCCAACAGUCCCAAUCAAAUAAAACUGCAGUACCACCAGUUGUCAGUCACCAACAGCAGAUACAGUCUACAAAUACCACUACAAAUAAACUUCCAAGUAUUAAUACAUCUCAGCAAAACCAAUCUGAUUCGAACAGCACCAAUAAAGUAUUAAAUAUUAAUAUUCUUCAAUCAUAUACAAUACAGGGUCCUCAGAACAAAAUAACUAUUAGUCCAUCCCAGCCAUCAUCACAACCACAAAUACAACACACUCCUGUCCAAAGUGUUACCAGUUCCAGCACUAAAACAACUAUCACACCAACAUCCAGUUCCCCUCAACAGUCAAAUCAGAGUACUGUCAACAAAAUAUCGAAUCCGCCGAUAAAAUCCAAACCUAGUACACCGAUAGGAUAUAAAACGUUACGGGAUCCCCCGAAGAGUUGGAACUCUCAAAUUUCCAAAGCGAACCUGACUAAAUCUAGUCCAGAAGCAAAAUAUUCUGAUUUGAAAAACGUCAGGCCUGCUAAGUUCUUCAAGAUGAGGAACAAUAUGCCGAGAUAUUUGGGCAACCCAGCAUCUGGAGUCAAGCCGAUGUACCAAGUUCACGGUAGUCCUGAAAAGGAAAAAGCUCCAGACGCAAAGUCAGACAAGAUGGAAAUAAGAAAACAUUCCAUCGUUAAAAUUGAUCCGAAAACUCUGAAACCAGUGUCUGAAAAAGCCCCGGAAACAACAAGUCUCAGCAAUCACACCACUGUCCACCAAAACAUGGCUCCUCAAAAUUUAAACAGCCAUAUUUCGAGCCCUAUGUAUCCUACCCAGUGCCUAAAUAACAGUCCAAGUGUUACGAAUAGUGGUGGUAUGAAUCUACAGAAUGAUUUGAAGAUAAAUACAAGUUCAGUAUCGAUUUUCAACCCGCUCAAACUGCAAAGUUCUCCUAAAAACGAGAGGAGAUCACCCAAAAGUCCUCAUUCUCCAAAAUUAAAAACCAGUACAAGUUCUCCGACGGGAAACAAAAGAGAUAAGGUGAACUUGAAUUUUACUCCUCCAAACCCCUUUGUGCCCAAUCUCUCCUCAAAAACGAUCAGUCCAAAUCAAUUUAUGUACCCCGGAAUACCUCCCGGAUUCACCCCUUACGAUCCCAGAGUGAUGGCUGCCUAUUAUAAUCAAUGGUACGGACAGCGGAUGCCGUUUCCUACUGGAGCUCUACCAGGACUCAGUCUAGACUUGAAUCAGAGGAAAGGUUUGGAGAUUUUAACUUCCCCAGGAAGCCCUAAGAUGGAUACGUUGGCGCAAACGAUUCUCAAUCAUCAGCUGCCUACUAGACCUUCUUCUCUGACUUCCACGACCAUAUCCCCUCUCCCAAGACCUCACAACGUUCCAUCCCUUUCUAUCCCUACUAUUACGAAACCGGUGUCCACGAUGAAGAAAUCGUCGAAGGAAAUGAAAAGCGAGAGGAGCCUAGAGACGGUUGUUGAGAAAAUGACUCAGAAUAGGAACAAAUUAUCAAAUAAAGUUCAAAAUGAUUCGUCGAAUCCGAGAAUGAGGGAAGCGGAAACGAAUAAGAUGGAGAUGCAGAAGAAUUCUCCGUCUAUAGUUGAUAGAACGGAUAAGGGAAGCGGUGGUGAUAGUGCUAGUGUAAAGAGAAUCGAGGAACAUAAAGCAGAGCUCAAUAAAAUCAAUAACAUUAAUAACAAAGUUGAUAGCGAAACGAACCAAUUAUUGGAAGUUCCCUCAAAUGAUCUGUCGUCGAGUACUUCUGUUAGCAAUAGAACCGAAGAGAAGGAAGAUCCGCCAAAAGCUGUUAGUGAUACUAAAUCUCCCGCCAUACUUACCACACACACGACCACCAGAGACUCAUCUCAACGAGGUACAGAAAAACUCGACAAUGUCGGGCAGAAAGAAGAGAAGGAGAAUCGGGUGGAAGUGGCUGUUAAUGACCGAAACAUUUUGAAUGAGGACGCGUGUGGUAAUCAGACGGAGGUGAAGGAAAAAGAGUGAGGGACUGUUGAAUAUUUUCAAUAUUUAGUGAUAUCAAUAACAAAGUAGUCAUUUCAGAUAACUUUUUGCUGGCGAUGCUUUCAAUUUUUUCGAACAAGAUUUUUUCGAGACUGUCAACACUUUGUACUUGAUCUAAGAAAUAUUUACAGAUAUUAGUGUGUCCUGACAUUAUAUCUGUGUUUGUUUAAACUCCGAAUUACGAGAUAAAGUCUCUACUUUAACAGUUUAAAUAAUACAAGAAAUGAAGUAAAAUUAAAUAAUCAAGACCAUGGAUCCUUUUUUACGAAAUUAAUAAAAAAAUUGAGUGUUUCAAUUAUUUUUAAUGGUUUACAAUUUUCUUUGACCGCUUCAAGUUUCUUUCUUACGGUAUGAUCUUUUCUUUCAUCUUCAAGUUUUCGACAUUAUCAAAGCUUCGAGGUUCCUUCAAUAGAUUUAAGUUGUAUGUAAUAGCUACAAAUUUCGUUUAAAUUUUCUUCAUUAGCUGAAAACUUGUUAAACAUUUUCAAUCUGACUUUAACAGUUUGAAUUUUUAUAUAAUAGCUACGUUCAACAAUUUCAAACAGCUUUCGUUAACAGCUUCAGAUAACAGUUCUAAAUUUUCUCUAACAGCCUUAAGUAUCCUUAAACAACUUCAUCUUGUUCGCAGUGGUUUUAAGUUUUCUUAACAAUUCGGAUUUUCUUUACGGUAUCAAACUUUCCUCAACUCUCGUUCAGAGCUUAAAUUUUUCGAAACCAUCAAAUCCUUCAAAAUAUAAAAUCGUUGAUUCGUCAAUAAUUUAAGGUAGUAUGUAACAGCUUCAAUUUUUUUGGGUUGUUUUAAGCUUCCUUCGUUAGCUAGCGAUUUUGUGUAAGGGUUUUAAAUCUUCUUCAAGAUUUUUUUUAACAGCUUCAAGUAUUUUUUUAACAAUUAAAAAUUUGUUUUAAUUGCUGCACCUUGUUUUUCUAUAGUUUAAAUUUUCAAACAUUUUUAUAAAAGUUCUUUCAAACAGUCUUCAUAGUUUGCCACCCUGUCUCCAAAAGUUUUUAGGGUUUUUCUACAAAAAUUUAAGUCAAAAGUCAAGAAAACACGGAGUGUUGACAUUCUCGAAAAAAUUGUUUUUAUGG